AUGGCUGAAAAGCAGAAGCACGAUGGCCGGGUGAAGAUCGGACACUACGUCCUGGGGGACACCCUGGGGGUCGGCACCUUCGGAAAAGUGAAAAGUGGGGGAACAUCAGCUGACCGGACAUAAAGUGGCUGUGAAGAUCUUGAACAGACAGAAGAUCCGUAAUUUGGACGUGGUCGGGUAAAAUCAAGCGUGAAAUCCAGAACCUCAAGUUAUUCCGGCACCCUCACAUAAUCAAGCUGUACCAGGUGAUCAGCACUCCAACCGACUUCUUCAUGGUGAUGGAGUACGUCGCCGGAGGAGAGUUUAUUCGACUAUAUAUGCAAACAUGGCCGGGUGGAAGAAACCCGAGGCCCGGCGUCUGUUCCAGCAGAUCCUGUCAGCCGUGGAUUACUGCCACCGUCAUAUGGUGGUUCACCGGGACCUGAAGCCUGAGAACGUCCUGCUGGAUGCACACAUGAAUGCCAAGAUUGCUGACUUUGGUCUCUCUAAUAUGAUGUCAGAUGGAGAGUUUCUCCGGACCAGUUGCGGAUCCCCGAAUUAUGCCGCUCCAGAAGUUAUAUCAGGAAGAUUGUAUGCUGGUCCCGAGGUGGAUAUUUGGAGCUGCGGGGUGAUCCUCUACGCCCUACUCUGCGGGACGCUGCCAUUUGAUGACGAACAUGUCCCCACCCUAUUCAAAAAAAUCAGAGGAGGAGUUUUCUACAUCCCAGAAUACCUGAACCGUUCCGUCGCUACUUUAUUAAUGCACAUGCUACAGGUCGAUCCUCUGAAACGCGCCACUAUCAAAGACAUCAGAGAACACGAAUGGUUCAAGCAAGACCUUCCCAGCUACUUGUUCCCGGAGGACCCCAACUACGACGCCAAUGUUAUCGAUGAUGAGGCGGUGAAGGAGGUGUGUGAGAAGUUCGAAUGUACGGAGUCGGAGGUGAUGAACAGCCUGUACAGUGGUGACCCUCAGGACCAGCUCGCCGUGGCCUACCAUCUGAUCAUAGACAACCGGAGGAUAAUGAACCAGGCCAGCGAGUUCUACCUCGCCUCCAGCCCACCGACCGGCUCCUUCAUGGACGACAUGCAUAUCCCCCCUGGCAUCAAACCGCACCCGGAGAGGAUGCCACCCCUGGUGGCGGACAGCCCCAAGGCCCGGUGCUCUCUGGAUGCCCUGAACACUACCAAACCCAAACCACUAGCUGUGAAAAAAGCCAAGUGGCACCUGGGAAUCCGCAGCCAGAGCAAACCUCAUGACAUCAUGGCGGAGGUCUACCGGGCGAUGAAGCAGCUGGACUUCGAAUGGAAGGUGGUAAACCCGUAUCACCUGCGGGUACGGAGAAAGAACCCCGUGACGGGGAAUUACGUGAAGAUGAGCCUGCAGCUCUACCAGGUGGACAAUCGCAGUUAUCUUCUGGACUUCAAAAGCAUCGAUGAUGAAUUGAUGGAUCACAAGUCCGGCUCCUCCUCUCUGCAUCGCUCCUGCUCAGGGGCGGGUCUUCACCGCCCGAGGCUGAGCAUCGACUCCACCAUGUCCGACUCCCAGAGCGGCUCUCUCUAUGGCUCCCUUUCUGGCUCCUUCUCAUUGGCCAGUCCGCGGAUUGGUAGCCACACCAUGGAUUUCUUUGAAAUGUGUGCCAGUCUCAUUACAACGUUAGCUCGCUAA